AUGCUCACAAGAAGCCAGACAAACGAAACUCCAGCUGCCGCUGAUGGUGAUGCUAGCAACUCCGAUUCGGACGCAGAUGCCACCGCAGUCAACAUUGGAGCCCAAGACGCUAUGGCGCAACCACAAGCCAACGUCGGAGGCGAUGCGUUGGCCACCUUGGUUGCUAGCAUUGCGUCACUACGUGCAAGUGUUGAAGAGUUGCGUAACGAAACCAGCCGUAGCCAAGCAGAAGUUCAGCAGCUCCGACUGCGAAUGGAAAUGGAUUCAGCCAAUGCCACCGCGCCAACGUGCGAAGUACAGCCGCCAGUUCAACAGUUCCCUCAAGCAGUACAACAAUUGCCUGUAGUACAGCCGCCAUUGCCGUUGCCAACAAAUGCAUUGCAGUUUGUCGAGGGUUCAGCCGCCAAGCUAUACCCUUUGCCAACUUUCGAUGGCAGUCCGGAAGAUUGGCCAUUAUUUUCGGCAAAUUAUGUGGACACUACAGCAGAGUUCGGCUAUAAUAACAGGCAAAAUCUCAUGCGAUUGCAGAAAGCGCUGCAGGGCAAUGCCAAACGAGCAGUCAUGUCCAUGCUCAUAUAUCCUGACGAUGUGCCCAAAGUAAUGAAGGAACUCGAAUUCAAUUUUGGUCGGCACGAUUUGUUAAUACGUGCGCAACUACAAAAAGUUCAACAGUUUCCUACAAUUCACGACAACCGCCUAGAUCAGGUUCUGGAGUUUUCCAAUCGAGUUCGCAACAUAGCCGCGUUUUUCAAAUCGGCGCAAUGUGAGCACCAUCUUAUGAACCCUACACUUCUAGAGCAAUUGAUCUCGAAGCUGCCGCCGUCGAAACAAUAUGAGUGGAGCAAGCAUGCUGCCAACAUUAAGCCGUUUCCUACAGUAGACAAAUUUGCAGAUUGGUUGAGCGACUUGGCCAAGGUCGUGUCAAUCAUGCCUGGGGUAGCUGAAAUUUCUCUGCGUUACAGCCAAGCGUCGUUGCCAUCGUCGCGUCAGCAAUCCGGUAGCAGUCGUCAGUUUGCGUCAAGUGGAGUUCCGGCACGUCGAGUCUUACACAGCAGUUGUGAGCAGCCUGUAUGUUUGUGUUGUAAUCAGUCGCACGUCUUAACUGAUUGCCGUAAAUUUAAAUCAAAUGAUUGCCCAGCCAAGUGGUUGCUUGUCAAACAACACCGCCUUUGUUUCGGUUGUCUACAAGCAGGUCAUGGGUUAUCUGAUUGCCGUCGUCGUAAAGCAUGCGCCAUCAAUGGUUGCAAGCGUAUGCAUCAUCAGUUGCUGCAUCAAGACAAUCAGCCGUCGUCACAGCCAACCGCCGACCGGGAACGCAUCCUCAACUGUCGCCAAGAAAGUGAAGUCAGCCUAUUUAAAAUUUUGCCGGUGAUAUUGUCUGGCCCGCAUGGUAGUGUGAACGUGUAUGCUAUGUUUGACGAGGGGUCAUCUGUGUCUCUACUGGAGGAAGAGGUCGCAACACGGCUUGGGUUGAGAGGACGUGUUAAGCCACUUACCCUGCAAUGGUACGGUGACAGCCAAACAACAGAGAACUCAAGGCCAGUGUCAUGUGAUGUGAGAGGGGUGAAUGGUAACAACUAUUCUCUGAAAGAUGUGCAUACGAUAAAAAGCCUUAAUCUGCCGAGGCAAUCGCUCGAUAAGUUUAAAUACGUGCACUUAAAAGAAUUGCCUGUGCGUAACUACGUCGAUGUCAAACCAGUUUUACUGCUGGGUUUGGAUAAUUGUCACUUAAGUGUGCCCAUCAAAACAGUCGCAGCCCGAUAUGACCAACCAGUCGCCAUCAACACUAGGUUGGGUUGGGUCGUAUAUGGACCUCACCGCCAAGAAAGCGUUGCCGUUCCUCGAGUUCUUCAUGUUCGCAAGUCAGACGCAUUGAAGCAAUUAAAUAAGCUAGAGGAGGAUUAUUUUGCUACAGAAAAUUUUGGUGUCAACAGUCAAGUCGUCUUGGAGUCGGACGAAAACCAACGCGCCAGAAAAAUAUUGGCGGAAACAACAAGGGACCUCGGUCAGGGGUAUGAAGUUGGCCUGUUAUGGCGGGAGGACUCGGUCAUUCUGCCGCCAAGCUAUGCAAUGGCCAAGCACCGCCUACUUAACAUCGAGUCGCGAAUGCAGAGAGAUGCAGUUUUCGCGGAAAACUACAAGAGGGAAGUCGCGAAGUACCUCGACAAAGGAUAUGCGAAGCCAUUGACGCCUGAUGAAGCCUCCGUGGAAGGACCAAGAACUUGGUACCUCCCGCACUUUGGUGUUGUGAAUCCACACAAGCCGCAAAAACUCCGCAUCGUUUUUGACGCAGCCGCCGCUACAAAUGGUAUUUCGCUUAAUUCUGUGUUGCUGAAGGGUCCGGAGCAAGCUCAGCCACUGAUAGCUAUCAUACACAAGUUUCGUCAGGGUGUCGUCGCUGUGGCCGGUGACAUCCAGGAGAUGUUCUCGCGAGUACAAAUUCUGGAGGCCGAUCAAGAGUCACAACGAUUUCUGUGGCGAGAUGGCAACACGUCCGAGCCUAUACGUAUUUAUAAAAUGUCGUCAAUGAUUUUUGGAGCUAUUUGUUCGCCGUGCUGUGCGGAGCACGUUAAAAAUACCAACGCCAUCAAAUUCAUGUCUACGAUGCCAAGGGGUGCACGAGCUGUCAUUGAAAAUACAUAUGUCGACGAUUUGGUCAUGAGUUUUAAUAGUGCCGAAGAAGCUAUUGAGGUCAUCAACGAAGCUGUCAAAAUCAACGCCGCUGCAUCUUUCAAGCUCCGCGAUUUUAUAUCCAACGACAAACUAGUUCAACAGAAGCUGAAUGGUGAAGGUUCAUCUGCCAACAAGCAAAUCAUAAGAAUGGAGCGUCAAGCAACAAUGGAAAAAGUUCUUGGUAUGUUUUGGAACACUGCUAACGAUGGUCUUGAAUUUCAGUUUAAAUUCCACAAAAUUACUCACGAUGUUAUUGAUGGUACACGACCUCCAACCAAGCGCGAAUUGUUGGGCAUAGCCAUGUCCAUGUACGAUCCGUUUGGUCUCUUGGCAAACGUUACGAUAUGCAUAAAAUUACUGGUGCAAGCAAUGUGGAAGCAACGGGUCCAGUGGGAUGAAGCGAUGCCAUAUGAAUUAGCGCAGCAGUGGUCAAAGUGGUGGAGCAACAUCCAGUCAGUUAAGCAUCUUUCGGUGCCAAGAUGUUACUCUUUAAUGUUACCGGUAGCAGAGGAGAUACAGCUGCAUAUUUUUGUCGAUGCCAGCUCUCUGGCCUAUGCCGCUGUGGCGUAUCUUCGAAUAAAGAAAGGAGACAAGAUCGACGUCGCUAUGGUGUGCGCAAAGUCAAGGUGUUCGCCACUUAAGGGUAUGACUAUACCACGUCUGGAGCUACAAGCUGCAGUUCUGGGUUGCCGUCUGAAGGAGUCAUUAGAACGAUGCCAUGAUUUUCGUGUGAGCAGCACUACAUUUUGGAGCGAUUCCAAAACCGUCAUACUUUGGAUUCGUUCAACACAUCGAGACUACAAGCAGUUCGUCGCAUAUCGUGUGGCCGAAAUACUAAGCACUACAUCGUCAGAUCAAUGGCGCUGGAUUCCCACGUCAUUAAACGUCGCAGACGAAGCAACGCGAGCCUAUACGUCAUUUGAGUGCAACAUAAAGUCGAGAUGGUUUACAGGACCAGGGUUCCUUUAUGAGGAUGCAACGUGCUGGCCGCAAGAGAUACCAGAGCUGACGUCUGAUCAUCGUGACUUAGAAGAAGCCACCAAGCGAAUCAUAAUGCUGUCAAGUCCAGGGGAGUAUCCUAUAAAGUUUACUAAUUUUUCAAAAUUUUUGAAGGUUACCAGAGUCGUUGCCUGGGUACUGCGCUUUUUUAACAACGCUAAGUCUGAAGUUCGCAGAAGUGGAGAACUAAACUCCGCAGAGCUCGCCAAAGCCGAAAUGAAAAUACUUCGUCAAGUUCAAUUUGAGUCGUUUUCCGAUGAAAUCCAUGCCAUCAAGCAGAAGAAGUGCCUACCGAAGUCGAGUUUUUUGUAUCAACUAACGCCGUUUAUAGAUGACGAUGGUUUGCUGAAAGUGAACGGGAGAAUUGACGCCGCCUACUGCCUGCCAAUCGCAGCUAGACGCCCGGUUAUUCUGCCUCAAACACAUUAUGUCACACGGCUGAUUGUGAAGCAAUACCAUUGCCGGCUUCAUCACCAGAACGAGAGCCUAACCAUAAACGAGAUGAGACAAAAAUUUUGGGUGCCUCGAGCGCGUGCCUUGCUCAAAUCGGUGAAGAGAAAUUGUAAUGUAUGUAUCUAUAACAGCGCCAAGCCAGCUAUACCACUCAUGGGUCAACUGCCGACCGACCGACUUACGCCGCACGUUCGCCCGUUUUCUUACGCCGGAGUCGACUAUUGUGGCCCGUUUUAUGUCACAAUUGGCCGAAGAAAAGAGAAGCGAUGGGUUAGUUUGUUUACGUGCCUCACGACAAGAGCCGCACAUUUGGAAAUUGCAGAAGACCUUUCUACAGACGCAUUUAUUUUGUGCCUCCGUAAUUUCGUCAACCGCCGAGGAGUACCAAUAAGAAUUCGAAGCGACAAUGGGACGAAUUUCGUUGGCGCCCAGAAGGAGCUUAAAGCAGAAGAGCGUAUGUUCGAUUUUGGUCGCAUAGAGGGUGAGAUGGCACGUCGCAACAUCGAGUGGGUAUUCAAUUGCCCUGCAAACCCGUCCGCAGGAGGUUGCUGGGAGCGCCUCGUGCAGUGCGUCAAACGGCUAUUGCAGCGGGUAUUGCAACAAGAAUCACCACGGCUAGAAACCUUUCGUAGCGUCUUGAUAGAAGCGGAAAAUAUAAUUAAUAGCCGCCCCCUGACCGAGUUAGCCGUAUCGCCGCAAGAUGAGGAGCCACUGACGCCUAACCAUUUUUUGUUGGGAUGCCUUAAUUCAACCCAAACGCCUAGUCCAGUUGACGAAAAG